AUGCUCGCGCUCACCUCCGCGGGAUACUGCGCGUAUCGAUGGCUGAAGAGGACCAACGAUCUUCAAGCUGCUGAACAUCAAGCUGCUCACGGAUCUGUUGUUGAUGAUGUGGAGGAAGUCGACACCACCGAGGUCACUGAUCCAAGCGCCCAGCUGCUUUGUGAUGAACAGGACCCUCAGACGUCAGCUGAUGCCCUGGUCACUGAGGUAAAUAUCCAGCUCCGGAGCACCAGCCUUGACCCUCAGAAGUCAGCUGUCAUUCUGAACCCAGCAAAUACUGAGACACCUGCUCCUCAGUGUCCUCUUCUGGAGAGCAUCAUUACACCAUGGGUGGUGUUUGAGUCACUGUACACUCCGGGAGAGCUGCUGGGUGAAGGGGGCUUCGGGACAGUCUGUGCAGGAGUCCGAAAUGCUGAUGGCAAGCAGGUUGCACUCAAAUAUGUGGGGAAAACUCCAUGCGAUAGAUUCAUCACCAUUCCUGGAGAGACACAGAGCCUUCCUGUAGAGGUGGCACUGAUGAAAAUGGUUUCCAAACCACUUUGUUGUAAGAACGUGCUGGAGAUGCUCCAGUGGUUUGAGAUGUCCGAUUGCUUCAUCUUGGUCCUGGAGCGACCCAGCCCCUGCAUGGACGUCCAGCAGUUCCUUGAACAUCAUGACGGCUGGCUGUCAGAAGCACUGGCUCAAAAAAUCAUGAGCCAGGUGGUUAAAGCUGCUCACCACUGCUGUAACGCAGGGGUUCUUCAUCGUGACAUCAAGGCGGAGAACCUUCUCAUCAACCCAGACACACUGGAAGUUAAGCUCAUUGACUUCGGCUGUGGAGAUUUGCUCUCUGACACACCCUUUACAGAAUAUGAAGGCACUUGGUGUUUCUCUCCACCUGAGUGGGUGUGUGAUGGAGAGUAUUUGGGUUGUCCUGCCACCAUGUGGGGUCUGGGAGUUCUCCUGUUCCUCCUUGUCUGUGGACACUUGCCCUUCCAUAAUGAGGAUGAGAUCGUCUACAGAAAGAUGGACUUUGCUCCCGGCCUGUCUGAAGCUUGCCACAGUCUGAUCAAUUGGUGUCUGGACCCGGAACCUGAAUGUCGGCCCACGUUUGAAGAAAUCCUCAGCCAUCAGUGGUUUACAUCUGGUGGAUCUGAGUGAAGGAUCUGAGUCCAUUUGGAUGUCCACCGUGGUGUUACGCCUCGUGAAGGAGCAUGUCCAGGAGAUGCUGAAGGCCAUGGAGGGAGUCUGAGCAACACUCCUCACACACACCCACACACACCUCUCUAUCUCAGCCAACUUAAAGAGUGAUCAGGACAUUUUAG